UACACACAUAUAAAAUUGUAAAUCCAUGUUGUGCUCCAAGAAUCCAUGAAUUUAGGAUCAUGGAAGCAAGAAGAUCGGGAAAUUACGAAGCAAGCGUUUGGGAUGAUGACUACAUUCAAUCGAUCGGCUCUCCAUACUCUGGGAAAGAGUAUGUAAAACAAGCUGAUAAGCUGAAAAGCCAUGUGAAAAUCAUCAUAGACGAGACCGAAAGCCAGCUGGACCAACUCGAAUUCAUUGAUAAUCUGCAACGGCUUCAUAUAUCGAACCAUUUCGAAGAUCGAGUGAAGACUAUACUUAAAAACAUUUACCAAACAAUUGAAUGCCACGAACAGUAUACCGACAAGGACUUGCAUGUUACAGCCCUCAAAUUUAGGCUUCUCAGAGAACAUGGCUAUCAUGUGCCCCAAGAGGUUUUCUGUGGAUUUACGGACGAGUUUGGAAAUUUCAAGGCGUGUCUUGCUAGUGAUGUUAAGGGCAUGUUGUCUUUAUACGAAGCUUCUUUUCUAUCGGUCGAAGGUGAAGAUUUAUUGGAUUCGGCAAAAGAUUUCUCGACUCAUCAUCUUAGGGAGAUGGUCGAGGGAAUUAGGGACUCGAGUGUAGCCGAGCAAGUGAGGCAUGCUUUGGAGCUCCCACUACACUGGAGAGUGCAAAAGCUUGAAGCCAAAUGGUUCAUAAAUGUGUAUGAGAGUAAAUUAGAUGCCAACCUUAUUUUGGUCCAACUUGCAAAACUGGAUUUCAACAUGGUACAAGUUCUAUAUCAGCAUGAGAUUAAGCAACUGUCAAGGUGGUACAAAGAAACUGGUCUCGCAGAGAAGUUGGGUUUUGCGAGGCAUCGGUUGGCCGAGUGUUUCCUGUGGGCCGUGGGGGUCACGCCCGAACCUCAAUUUGGGUUUACGAGGGAGAUUUUAACUAAGAUGACUGUGCUAAUUACAUAUAUUGAUGACAUAUACGAUUUAUAUGGUACCUUGCCUGAACUCCAAGCCUUCACCCACGCCAUUGAGAGGUGGGACAUCAAUGAAUUGGACAAUCUCCCCGAGUACAUGCGGAUCUGCUUUUUAGCUUUAUUCAACUCCGCUAAUGAGUUGGCUUAUCACAUUCUAAGGGACCAAGGUCUCAACAUAAUUCCCAACUUGAGGAAAUUGUGGGCCGAACUGAGUCGAGCUUAUUAUGUAGAGGCGACAUGGUUUCACAAUGGCUAUUUCCCGAGCACCAAUGAGUGUGCGAACACGGCUUGGAUUUCAAUAGGGGGGCCUAUCGCUUCGUUUCACGCUUAUUUUGCCAUCUCAAACCUCAUUGAUGAGAAAGAGUUGAGAGUCUUAGAGCAAUAUCAAGGCUGCAAACGAACCGAGCAGUUCGCGAGCGCUCCGAGUCAAAGCUCGGCUCGAGCGGCUCGAGCAUGUUAUCGAGUCGAUCUUGAGCAUAAGUUUUGGAAGGAUGAAAUGAAAAAAGGAGAUAUCCCAAAAUCGAUUCAGUGCCACAUGCAUGAGACGGGAUGUUCGGAGGAGGAUGCUCGUGAGCACAUUAAGCACCUUAUCGAUGUGAACUUGAAGAGAAUGAACAAAGACAUUAUGAUGGAAAAGCCCGUCAAGAGUUUUGGUACGACCGCCAUGAAUCUUGCUCGAAUUGGGCUCUGCAUCUAUCAAUUUGGAGAUGGUUUUGGGGUUCCUCAUAAUGAGACAAAGGCUAAUUUGGUCUCUCUCGUUGUUAAGCCUAUACCUAUGCCAUGAUGACCAAUUAUAUCUUAC